AUGCCAGAGAGCAGGGUGGGCUGCGAUAAAUGUGUAGCCCUGCUGGUGCGUGAGGGGGCGGAAGUGUCGCUGCAAAGCGGGCGAAUCCGCUUCCGUAUCCAAGCUGCCGACGCCCAGCUUUCGGAAGCUGUUGCCGAUGGCCUGACGCCGCUUCAUGUGGCUGUGGCCUGUGGCCAUGUUCAGGUUGCGAGGGUGCUCCUCCAGUCUGGCGCAGACGUCCGCCAGGAGGCCAAAGAGCCGAGGAGGACGGCGAUCGGAAUUGCGGAGUGGGCUGGACAACGAUCCUUACUCGGGCUAUUACGCGAUGCUGCACAAGAGCAGGUGAGAAGGCUGGCAGCCGAAGUGCCCCAAGCUCAGCCAGUCCUGGGCAACGCGAUGCUCUUCCUGGAAGCGCAGCAACGCCAGCCAAUUCUCCUGACAACUCCCAGGCUUGAAGCCAUCCGGCAGCGGAUCCGGCAAAGGGAGCGCCAGCGAAGGAAGCAGGUCUCCUCGGACACUUCCUCCCCCCGGCGGCGCCGGUGA